GAUUUUUUCACCCUUUGUAAAAGGAGAAGACUUGGGUGAGGAAAAGAAAAAAUGGCGCUUCUUUCUGUUGUGUCUGGUUGCAGUAACAGAUUCUGUUGCGUAUUAGCAAAGGGAAAUGGAAAAGAGGGUUAUGGGCAUGACCCAGAAGUUCCCAUGAAGCAGAAACAUGUGAGGGUUUUAACGAAAUUGGCUCCAUCUCUGGUUGCUGCAUUGGUGGUUUUAUCUCCCAUCAGCAACACCCCAGUGUCAGUUGGACAAACUAUAGAUAUAGAACGAGGAGCAUCAUUAUUUCAAAAAGCUUGUAUAGGAUGUCAUGAUGGAGGUGGAAAUAUAAUACAACCAGGUGCAACACUCUUUACGAAAGACCUAGAAAGGUAACCAUAGACUCAGUUCAUCAGCAACGGAUUACAUUGUUUUGAAUGCUAACAACUAUGCUAAUAAUAUCUAUCCUUAAAUUAGCCUUUAGAUACUGUUGAAAGACAUUGCAGCCAAAAGCCAUUGGUGAGGAAUUGUAAAAACAGGAUAAAAAUGUGAAUUCGAAAUUGAACUAGUGAAAGAAAAUGAUAGUUUACAGAACCUUAGAAGUAAAAGAAUUCGAUGACCUGGUGUUUCGUGUGUCUUCAAAGUAGAUAAUUAAGCUAAUUUUCUCUAAGUUCUGCUUCUUGGUUUCCAUGGAAGAACUGGCUUAACUCCCAUAAUGGAGUGAGAUGACUGAAUCCAUCAGAAGGUUUAAAUUGUCUCACGUCUCUAUUUUCUCUUAAAUAUAACAUGAACUGAAAUUCCCAACAAUGCUUCGAAGUUUAAACAUAACCCCUGAAACUGAGUAUUUUAGUGACUGCAUCCCAGAAAUGGAGUUGACACAGAAGAGGAGAUAUACCGUGUGACCUACUUUGGUAAGGGAAGAAUGCCUGGAUUUGGUGAGAACUGCACACCAAGGGGGCAAUGCACAUUUGGGCCCCGUUUGCAAGAAGAUGAGAUUAAACUCUUGGCAGAGUUUGUGAGGUUACAGGCUGAUCAAGGGUGGCCUAGUAUACCAAGUACUGAGGACUGAAUCUUGCAAGUAGGCAUCAAUGUUGCUUCAGUCCUUUAGAGAUUCACUUGUCUGUGGUUCUUAAAUCUGAAGUAGAAUAGCAAGUAAGCCUCCUACUCAAGAUCUCUUCCUUUUUUUUUCCCCUUUUUUUCAUUCUCUCUUUUAAGCUCAAGUGUUACUGAAUUUUGUAUCUGUCAGUUUAUACAAUUGAUUACAAUAACUAGGGACCAUCACCCAGUUCACAGAAUUUCUGUGUGGACUGUGAGCCGAGGAGAAAAGAGGUCUUUAGUUUUUACCUCAACAAGAAACAAGAGAGGUUUUAUGCUAUUGUGGAUUGACCAAAUUCAUGAAUAAGAUAAACAAAAGUAUUCUAAUGGAAGGUACACAUUUUAUGAACAAAUUAUGCAAGAGAUUCUCUAAUAAAUUAAUAUAACUUUUCUUUAGGAAUGCACCACUUAGAAGAGAACCUUGGAGAGCGUAAUAAGAGUAAUAAGAUGAGUAAUGAAUGAAAGUAGUGCUCCCAAGAUUUAGGCUAUUUGUAAUGAAGAUCUAUAAAGAAGUCAUCCAACGCUGUCUAUAUAUGUUGCUCUUGCUUUUUAGUGCAGGGAGAAAGUGAAAAAAGAUUCUUUGAACUAAGGAGAAGACCUGUCUAUUUUAUUACAGGCUGAGAUUAACAUUAUACGCAUGAAAUCAAGCAUAUGGGGCAACCUCGAAAUCCAUUUUCCAAUGAAUAAAAUUUGUGCGCAAAU